UUGCGUUUUAGUAUUUACGGUUAAAAGGCGCGGAAAAAGUGCUCAUUAAAUUUAUGAAAAAAACAUAUAUUUUAUAAUAUAUAGAGCGUGGAUAGUUGGCGAAACUUUUAGUAUUUGUAUUUUAAAGUGAAAUAGCUUAAAGAAAAGUUGCGAUAUAACACGGCAAAAUGUCAUUACUGACGGGUAGCGCGAAUACUAUCAAGUAUGUGCUCUUUGGAUUCAAUUUGAUAUUCUUGAUCACUGGCAUCAUAUUGAUUGCUGUCGGUAUUGGUGUAGCAGCCGUUUUCCAUGGUUAUGCAACAGUGCUUGCCGAUAAUUUCUUCUCAAUACCGACUUUCCUGAUCGUCAUUGGCGUCUUCGUCAUAUUCAUUUCAUUCUUCGGCUGUUGGGGCGCACUCAAAGAGAACUAUCUCCUAACGCUGAUAUUCGCCAUUUUGCUCGGCUUCAUCUUCAUACUGGAAUUGGCAGCCGGCAUUAGUGGUUAUGUCUUGCGUUCCGAUGCGUCAGACCUAAUCAAAAAUAGUCUAGAUGGUGCACUUAAAGAAUAUAAUACAAAAAAUGAGAAUGAUCCUUACACAAUUAUUUGGGAUUAUGUGCAAAAUAAUUUCGAUUGCUGUGGUGUGGAGAGCUACAAGGACUGGACGCAAUUCGAUGGCAAAUUGCCGCUUUCAUGCUGUGACAUUCCCGUUGGCGUUGUUGGCGAAUACAGUUGUUCUAACAGCACGGAAAGCACCAAGCGUCAUGAGGAUGGUUGCUUGACGACAUUUUCGAAUUUCAUAGAAGCACAUGCCGUCAGUUUGGGCGCCUGUGGCAUUGUGUUGGCCAUCAUUCAGUUCUUCGGCGUCUUGUUCGCCUGCUAUAUCGCACGUGAGAUAAAAAUCCGUAAUGGCAUAACCGGUAUCAUGGGAUGAAUUCGUCAAAUCGACAGCUGGGUAGUGUUAAUCCACUACACUACGUGUUAAAAUAGUGAUGUCUUACCUAAAAUAAUUUCGUUUAUAAAUUAACCAUUUCAUAUACGCAUAUACUAUAUAGCGCUUAUGUAUUUAAGUAAA